AUGCCUUGUGUCUUUAGUAAUGAAUAUGAGACUGUCAUGUAUGUUGAGAAUAUGUUAAAGCGGGAGAGUGGUGCAAUUGGAGAAACUGUCAGUUCUAGAAUACUAGAGUUGGAUGUGGAAAUUGGAUGGGAUGGAAUCUUGCAGGAAGAUACCGCAGGCAUAUUUGAUAUGGAGUUAGAAGAUAUUAUUAAAUUUGUUGACGAGGACGAGAGUUGUAAUAGUAUGCCUCAGUCAGAGUUGUUAAAUAGGCAAAAAUUGCAAGACAACAUGGUUGUUAAGAAAUUAGAUAGUCUAAUUGUGCUGGCUUUUUUGCACCUUGAAUCCUGUCAGAGUAGUGGUCGUUUGGCUGAGAGAACUGUAUUGAAUGCAUACAAAUCAAAAUUUACCCAGUGCCCAUAUUUCGUCCAGUUUGUGAUGUUCUAUGCGUGUGCACCUGAUGUGGUGAUGAGUGCUGUUGCUUAUCUUGCUAGUUAUCUUCUCUCGUGCAAAGUUCGUAUCAGCUGCAUUGAUCACUUCCAUCAUACAAAGCAGGCCAUCAUGUAUAUUCUGUGUUUUCGCAUGAGAUAUCUGAUGGACAUUCCUAGGCUUAAAUUGCAGCUUGUUAAUAUGCCCAUGGAGACAAUCUUGGAAACACAAAUUGAGUCCGUUGAAGGUGAGGAACUUUUUAGUUUCAUCAUGAUCAUGGAGAUAAGAACUGUUCUUGCAACGUUGUGCUUCUGUAUCAAAUUAUAUAAAUUUAUCUACCAGGUGUGUUUGCCAACUGUAGUAGUGGAAUUUCUUAGACAGGCAAAGGCUUCUCAACUUUUCAUGGCAUCGGAGUCAUUUGUUUUCAAUGAUGAGCUCGAGUCUAAUCUUUCCAAGGCUUUUGGCGGGAUGGAUAGACUUGACAUGUUCUUUCCAUUUGAUCCAUGUUUAUUGAAGAAAACUGAAAGCUACAUAAGACCACAUUUUGCUCGCUGGUCAAAAGUCAGUGCUACAUACGAUGAUGAUGAUGGCAUUAACGAAGUGAGUGACAGUGGUAUUGAUGUAUCAGAUGAUGAUUAUGUUCACGGGAAUGCAGAAGAUAUGAUUGAUGGCGGCGAUAUGAUGGUGCCCGUUGAAGAUCUUGAUUUUAGCCCUGACUUUAACAAAAUGUCUGCCACGCCCAAAAAUUCUUUGAAAUAUGGUACGCGAAUGCCAGCUAGAAUCAGACCUUCCUCCAGUCCAGAGUCUCUAUGA